AUUCUGUCCUGAACAGGGUAGGAAAAUCAGCGAUUUUUGUCUUAAACAGGGUCAGGAUAUGAGGGGCCGGGCCGCACCUCCCAACCCGAGGAUAUAUCGAGUACCCCCCGGCGGUUUACGAUCAAGGGGCUGUUUAUCGCGGCUCUCGGCUUCACCGAUCGCUGCGCCUGUGCAAGGCUUACGGGUGGAGGAACUUUGAAAACUGAAAAGAAAAGUAAGAGACAAAUUUUCAUAAGGAAGUGUGACACUCGGUUGUGUUACUUUAAUAGUCGAUGUGUUCGUUAUGAUUACGCAUCUUUUCACUGACGCACACAUGUACUCGUAGGGCAUCGCGCUGGUUAUAGAUGUCAGAUGAAUCUAUCGAGCCGUUUUUCGGCAUUUUUAGACGGUAAAUUCGCUUUGAAAACUGAAAAGAAAAGUAAGAGACAAAUUUUCAUAAGGAAGUGUGACACUCGGUUGUGUUACUUUAAUAGUCGAUGUGUUCGUUAUGAUUACGCAUCUUUUCACUGACGCACACAUGUACUCGUAGGGCAUCGCGCUGGUUAUAGAUGUCAGAUGAAUCUAUCGAGCCGUUUUUCGGCAUUUUUAGACGGUAAAUUCGCUUUUGGCGAUGAACGGUUGGGAAACACUCUACGGUAAGUCACUUUCCUCCGUUUCUAGAUCUGCUUACAAUUUAUGAUUAUCAAUGGCAAUCUAGCGGGGCUUUUAGAUCCAUGUUGUUGUUGUGAAAUAUACUGUAAGACCCGGUUCAGACGCCGAACUUUUCAUUAGCCGAACCUUAUUCGAAUUAAGGCCGACCCAAAUUAUUUAGACCGGCUAAAGUGAUUCAGACGCCGAUCUUAAUUCCAGCCGAACUAAAUUCAGAAGGCGAAAAAUGCGCAUUUCGGUCAAACUGCUUACAAAAUACGUUGUAAGAAUUUCUGCAUUUGGUUCGGUACAUGAAAAGUUCGGCGUCUGAAUCAAAGGCGUUCCAAAGUCGAUCCGAAGGCGAAAUUCCCGGCCGGGCUAGGCGAAAAGAACGGCUGAGCCGUUCCAAAUUGAAACAGGCGUUCCUAAUUGAUUCAGACGCCGAACUUUUCAUGCACUUAAUUCAAUGUAUUAGGUUCGGCUCAUGAAAAGUACGGCGUCUGAACCAGGCCUAAGUUUCUCACGUAUUUACUAGGUAUACCUAUCGAUAGAGUGCCAACGAGCAAAUCAUGUGUAUUUUGCAUAGGAAUGGAUUCCUCUUUUGCUGAAAGGAUUAUUUCCUUAAAACUGAUGUGCUAUGCAAGGCGGUAUAAACUAGGUUCGGAGAAGAGUCAGUCCUCAGACUGCUGUGGCUUUACGAACCUGCUAUAUAAAAGUUUGAAGUGUCAUGAGGCAUACUUUUUUGAAAGAAUAAAACAGCUUGCAGAGGAAGCGAUCGGUAAUAUUUAGGGGGAAAUAUAAAAAAUGAUCGUUUCUCUUACCACUACAAAAUUAGUGUCGGUUCGGGUUCACUUUGUAGAUAAAUAUUUGUCCAGUUUAAUCAUUUAACCCUCCUCUAAAAUUUCCCGAGGCUUUUUGUCGAGUUCCCGAUUGAAUUUUAGAAUGAUUCGCCGCGCUGCUUGAAAUGUUUUCAAGGACAUGCGAUGUACGGCACGUCUGUAUUUUGUUUUCACUUCGGCCAGGUUUCGAAAAAAAUAGCGUUGUUUUCUUUUCCUUCGUCGUUCGCUUUAGGCUUGUAAUUCUUUUUUAUUCUUAUUUUUCCAUUUGCUGGUUAGAUUUUUUCCCCAACAUCAGAUUUUCCAACAGAAGCUACUAUAUAUUCUUCGUAUCAAGCUUUCCCCAUCUCCUCGUGUAAUCUGAUCCUUUUGCUUGUUUCACAUGGAAAAUUAAACUGUUGUUUUACAAGCUUCACUUCGUUAAAACCUUACAUUAAUGGCUCCCCAAAUUAAUACAAUGCAUCAAGUUUUUAUUUUCCUUGACUGCCGGGGCCAGAUUUUGGUGAAUAAACAAUAAAAGCGUACCACAUUCAAGUUCAUGUGCCGCGGAGGAAAGUACACAUGUGUGCCAAGUAUAGUUUCCUGCUCUUUGAUUGGCUGAAACUGUCACACCACUUGGUCUCAGGGGAAUCUACAUUACAUGAGGGGCGCUUUCCAUUUAGGAAAAACAACCGGAAAUUUCGGUUGGAACAAAAGUGGAAUUUCCGAUUGGUAAAAAGUUGCUCCAUUUGGUCGUAAAGCCCGGCACGUCGCGGUGUCCGACCGUGGACCUGGAACUGGUACAAACUACAAGAAACGUAAAUGGAACACGACAUUCCGUUCGGAAAUUCCAACCGGGAAAACGGGCCCACCUUUUUGGAUUUUCCACUGUUUCUGGGAAUAUUCCCCGGGGGCACUUGGAUAAUUUUUGGGUGGGUAUGUGCCGCCCGGGACUCUAAAUUGGCACCCCGUUCUAAAAAAAAUUUCCCCUAAAAUUGAUACCCCGAUAUAGAAAUGAGCCAAUUUUUUAUACCCCGUUCUAGAAUUCGCCCUAAAACUGAUACCCCGUUCUAGAAAUGGGCCAGUUGCUUAUACUCCGUUCUAGAAAGUUUGUAAAUUGAAAAAGUCCUGUUUUUUAAGAGAUAUUUCUUUCCUUGUUCGACUUAUACAUCAAAUAAAUGCUUCUUCAUAAUCAGCAACAAUUUUAAGCAGAAGAUAAAGCCGUCAUCCACAAUUUUUUAAACCCCGUUCAACGUUGGGCGGCACAUACCCGUAUAGGUAAUGUAUGGGAGUGCCCCCCCCCGGGGAAUAUUCCAGUGGGACGAACCGACGAAACGUGUUCCUUUUACCGCCGAACCGGAAAUUCCGGAAAUUUUGACUAAAUGGAAAGCGCCCGAGGUUACACUUUUUGAAGCUCGAUCGGGAAUUUUUCUGCCUACAGCCGCGUCUUGCGCGGCUCUAUACUAGGUAUACCUAUCGAUAGAGUGCCAGCGAGCAAAUCAUGCGUGUUUUGCUUCGGAAUAAAAUUCCUUUUUUUUUCCCAUUUGACCGUUUCUUGGUCCCUUCCUGUUGCAAGGAUUAUUUUCUUGAAAAGUUCUCAGAUUCAGUCUGGUGGCUUUUACAAUACAAACCUGCUAUGUAAAAGUGUGAAGUGUCUUGAAGGAAUAAAGUCAGCUUUUCAGACGAAGCGAUCGGGAAUAUUAUUAAGUCCAGCUACAAAUCUACUGUCGGUUCGGUUUCACAUUGUAGAUAAAUAUUUGCACAGUUUAAUCAUGUAAACCUCCUUUCAAAUUUCCCAAGGCUUUUUGUUUCCGGAUUGAAACUUAGAAUGAUUCGCUGGGCCAUCUGAAAUGUUUCCAAGGACAUGCGACUGUACGGCACGUCGGUAUUUAAUUUUGGUUCAUUAUUUUUAUACUGAACUCGGCCAGGUUUGGAAAAAAUGGCGUUGUUUUCUUUUCUUUUGUCGUUCGCUUUAGGCUUGUAAUUCGUUUUUGUUCUCAUAUCUUUUGUUUGCUGGUUAGAUUUUUUCGCCAACACCAGAUUUUCCAACAGACGCGACUGCAUUCUUCGUGUCAAGCUUUCCUUAUCUCCUCGUGUAAUCUGAUCCUUUUUAGUGGUGGGAAUAUUGCUUGUUGCCCAUAGAACACUUUUGCAGUUUUACAAACUUCUCUUCGUUAAAACUUAACAUUAUGGCCCCUAAAAUUAAUAGAAUAUAUCAAGUGCUCAUAUUUCUUGACUGCAGUGGCCAGGUUUGACAAAAAAAAUUUCGGUAAAUAAACACAGGAAGUCGCGACGGCGGGAAUUGUGUGAAAUUUUGUAUUUUAUUCAACUUGAGCCCGUGCGCCAGGUACUGCCUUUUGAUUGGUUCACAACUGACCACUUGGUCUCAGGGGAAUCUACAUUACAUUAGGUUACACUUUCAGCUCGAUCGAGAAUUUUUCUGCCUCUCAACCCAGUCUUGCGCGACUCUAUUCUGCUGCCGCCUCGCCAAGCGAGCGUCUUCGCUCGGAUGGCUCGUUGGCAAUUAGAUGAAAACUCUAGCCAAAUGUUUGUGUCUUAAAGCCUUCCAGAGAACUAGUAAUUUCGAAUUUUUUAUGUCAUUCUUCGCUUUUCAAGCCUUUAAGUAAAACUGAUAUGUGGCCCGGUUCAGACGCCGCUCCACCAGGACGUGAACAAUCGAUGAAAUCGAUAAUCGAUGGCAAUCAAUAACAAUCGAUGACAAUCGAUAUCAAUAAAUCGAUUGAUUUGAUAUUGAUAAUCGAUGGAGAAUCGAUGACGAAACUUUUUGUGAUUAUCGAUUAUCAUCGAUUAUCAAUAUCAAUCGAUAAUAGAUGGCAGUCGAUAACAAUCGAUGACAAUCGAUAUCAAUUAAUCGAUUGAUAUUGAUAAUCGAUGGACAAUCGAUGACGAAAAUUUUUGUGAUUAUUCAUUAUCAUCGAUUAUCAAUAUCAAUUGAUGGGAAUCGAUCAAUUAACAUAAUAGAUUGUUAUCAAAUAUGCAAUAUCAAUCGAUUACCUAUUCAGUCAAACAUUUCAAUGGAGUACUAAUAAAGUUACACAUUUUGAUAUUAUUGCUUUUUGUUUGAGUAUAAAAACUAGCGAGUAGCAAUGCGUAAACUUGUUUAAUCGCCCACACGUUUUGCGUGAGUUUAAAAUUCAUAGAAACGUACUACAGUCGUGUGUAAGAAAAACUAACUCCACUGUUAUGGGUCAACAAAUCGAAACCGCUGGAAAAUUAGGCGAGGUGUGAAAUAUUUUAUGCGUGAUGUAACGUUUGGAGCCAACAGUUUAGCUGAGUAUUCGUAAAAUAUGUUCAAUUUAAUGCACACAUUUUCUGUUAGACGUGACAUUUUAUUUGUAACAACAACGAUAAUUUCAACAACUAAAAUUCAAACUACAAAACUAUCGAUCCUACUGAGAUUUUACUUUCAUGGUGUAUUACAGCAGCUGAAAACAAAUUUUCACUUCAAAAAGGUUCUUGGUUUUUUGAUAGACUACGCUUGAAUUUUAAAGCGUCUGCGUGACGCAGCAUUUACAUGACGGCCGAGAGAGCUGUCAUUUAGGUUAAAAAAAGUGACUUUUUGCGAGGUUAAAAUAAUAUACGAUCUGCGUCGUACACUGCGAUACGGAGACAUGAAUUUAGUGCCAAUCGAUGAAGUUUGCGACCACCCAAGUGUGAUUAUCGAUUGAUCAUCGAUUGGCCGAUGCCAAUCGAUGCUAAUCAACAGUAAUUAAUCGAUUGUCAUCGAUUGAUCGAUUGAUUUUCCGAUCAUCGAUUUUCAUCGAUUGUUCACGUCCUGCUCCACUCAUGUGCCGAACCUACCUGAUGAAUUAAGUACGGCAAAAGAGCGGCGUCUGAAUCAAUUUGGUAUGGCAGUUUUAGUUUGGUGCGGCAAAAGCGUUAAGUUCGACAGAGUCUGUCGAACUUUUGUCGAACUUAACUUAGGUUCGACACACGGUACGCCGUCUGAAUCAGAUGUCGCGGCAGUGUCGCUCCAAAGUCGAACUUAUUCAUUUAGGUUCGGCACAUGAAAAGUACGGCGUCUGAACCAGGCCUAAGGUACCGCAUAAUCGGUCGACGAUGUUAAAGUGAUGGAAACAUGGCUGGCAACAUGAAGUUGUCAGUGACCCAGCUGGUAUUCCUUUCAUUCAGGCUUGAAAAUACUCAAUUGUAUGUUGGUAAUUGUCUAUAUUGUUAUUUUCUGGAUCUCUUUUAUCGUUUAAUUACGAUCUUUUAGGUAUGCUUUGUGUUGUGCUUAUGUAUACAGCUAUUUCGAGAAAGGUUGUGGGAAAAAGUGCACGCGACAAUCCCGAAAGGCAUUGUGGGUGGUUUUAAGUUCACUGUUCUUUAAAGAAAUUUGAAAGAAUUGGUACGAAAGGCCGUGGAAAUGUGUUUGCGAGUGCUAAAGGAAAGCAACAAAAGUAGGUUCGACAGGUACAGUCGUCAGAAACAGUGUAUUGAUCAUAUCCCAUAUUACCUUUCGGGAUUGUCGCGUGCACAUUUUUCCGACAACCUUUCUCGAAAUAGCUGUAUAUUAGAAGUUACGUUUCACUAUUUUGCGAUCUCGCGCCUCAGCAGAACGACAGUGAGUAGCCUGCGUGGCCGGCGCUAGGAAGUACAGUCGACUCCCGAUAACUCGAACCCUCGCUAACUCGAAUCUCGUGCUAACUCGAACCAAGAUCGAUUUCCCCUGGAUUUCCGUCAUACAUUCACUGUAAUUUUAUCCUCGGUAAGUCGAACCCUCGUUUCCCGUCAGGUCAUUUUCUAUAUAAUUUUACCCUCGAUAACUCGAACCAUGUUUUGAGCCCUUAAAAAGUCGGGAAAAAAGCCGUCUACGGGCGUCCGAAACAUUGAAUUUUGGAUUUCCUGUUGACGUGUUGUAGGAGUAUGGUUUACUAGUGGAGGCUGAUGUUGAUUGUCACAGGCUAACGUGAGGCACCUUUUCUUCUCAAAACUGUAAACGCAUGUUCUAUUUAGGCUAUGUUUUGUUACGGUACGUUCUGUUUUAUAAUCUAGAAGUAUCUUUUAAUUUUCACUUGACCUUUCUUCAAUUAAAUGUGAUUAAAAUGUUCACUGUGCAGUAAAAACUGUUUUUUAACAUACUCUCGGCUAUUUUCUUCGAACUCUCGAUAACUCGAACUCCCGAUAACUCGAACCUUUUUUCGAUUUCCCUUAAAGGUUCAAGUUAUCGGGAGUCGAUUGUAGUUUACUAGUGGAGGCUGAUGUUGAUUGUCACAGGCUAAGGUGAAGCAGCUUUUUUCUCAAAACAGUAACGCAUGCUCUAUUUAGGCUAUGUUUUGUUACGUUACGUUCUGAUUUAUAAUCUAGAAGUAUCUUCUAAUUUUCACUUGACAUUUCUACAAUUGAAUGUGAUUAAAAUGUUCACUGUGCAGUAAAAACUGUUUUUUACCUUACUCUCGGCUAUUUUCUUCGAACUCCCGAUAACUCGAACCUUUUUGCGAUUUCCCUUGAAGGUUCGAGUUAUCGGGAGUGGACUGUAGUGGGCGAAAGAGAGAACAGGCGCGUGCGAGGGAGACACGCGAGGGGUGAGGGAGCCUUGUGUCUCCUUCUCGCGCCCUUUUUUUUUGUUCCCACUACUUCUAAGCGCCUUUCAAGUAGGGUGGGCAGAAAGUUUUGUGUUUCCAUCGAAAUAUCGCGCACAAAUGAAGCUUAUGUAAUUUAGUUUUGAGCUUGGUCACUUCUCUGUAAGGAUUAAUUUGCUGCCAUGUUUUUAUAACUGCCCACAAAUAAGUUUGAGUAUGAAGCUACUGUACUCACCGCAAAGAUCAAAAUAAUUCGUUUAACAGAGGAAAUUUCAAGUUACAGUGAAACCUGUAUUACGCGGACACCCUCUGUUAAGCGGACAGUAGCCGAAGUCCCCAAAUUUAUUUCCCUUAUUUUCUUGAAAUGAAACCUUUAUUAAGCGGACACCUCUAUUAAGCGGACGUGGACACCUAAAAGGUACCUGAAAUGGUCAUUUCUAUUGUUGCCAACCUGUAUUAAACGAACACUUGUAAUUAAAUUCCUCCACCCAACAUGCCAGACACCGGAAAUGCGAAGGAUUGCCACCCACAAAUUUUAAUAUUUUUACAUUGAAAAACGUGACUUGACGAACUUAUUUGAUUAGUUUCACUGUACAGUGUUGUUUUUUAUUUCGUUUUGUUUCUAUAGAGCUUGUUCCACUCAUCUGAGUUCUUCAAAUUUGAGUUGCAAUCUAUGUUUAUGGUACUAUCAUCUUUAAUAAAGAAAUUAAUGCAAACAUAUUUCGGUAUAGUCUCUGGGACUAUUCUAAACGUUUCCACUGUUCAUUUGAAUGGUAUUGGACUCCUCAUAUGACGCUAUCUAUCGAAACCUGUAUUAGGCGGACACACUGUAUUAAGCGGACACUACAGCUUUCCCCGAGAGUGUCCGCUUAAUACAGGUUUCACUGUAUAGCAGAGCAAACUGGCCGAUAAGGCACAUAGUUUGCUGAGCAUAAAAAGAGGAACCAUAAGGCCCAAACUUUCUGUAUAAAUGGCAAAUGAACUCGAAGAUAUCUCGAACUAAUUCCGAAGCAAAAUUCGGAAGCAACUUCGGGACCUCCGAAUGCAACUUUGAAACAUUCCUGAACUGCGCGAAUCCUUUACUAUUUUUAUCCAUUCGUAAUAGCUUUAUGUGUUGAUUGAGUUUGUAAUGAGCAUUUUUUAAUUGUUGGUAUUAUUAAACAUUGAAAAUCACAAUGUGGGAAAAUGCAAACAUGAAUCUGUCACAAAUCUGACACAUAUAGACAUAUGUCAGAAAUUGGACUAGAUUUGCAUAAUUUCCAGACAACUGUCAUUUUUAAAAUUUCUUCUUUUGGUAAUUUUGUUAUGGUAGUUUUGUGCUAUAAAGCACUCAUAGCAUGUAACAAACAGUGACAAAAAGUGUACAUGCCGAUUAGAAGUCAGCACACAACGUGACUGCCUUGAAGAUCGAUUUUGUUUUGCAAGCACAUGCAUGGUUUUUGUACAGACUAUUCCGGCAUUGUCAGUAAGCUCAUGUCCUCUCAGAGGACUAUUUUUAAUGUUUGUGUUUGUAAUGUAUUGGGUAGAUUGUGGGCACAGGCCGGUCAUCCUGGCCGAAUAAGCGAGACGUCUUUACCUUUUGUAGCUCAAAGCGUUUAUCUUUUCUCAGACCUUUUGUUUGCAUAAUCUCUCGGUGAGAGAGAUACCCCACGAGCGUAGUCUCCUGUUUGUCUUUUAGAGUGAGCGGAUAAAAGGAGGCUUUACCUGAAUCUUUUUAUACGCUUAUUGUGCAAAAAUCCACGCUUCUUGUCGGAGCAGUUGUUUUGUAUUGUGGUUGGCAUAAAAUGGUUGAAGGUUUGUUUUAAAGUGGAAAGUGCACUUAGCUUAUACUCGGCUAGUUUACAAGCACUUCACUCAAAUAAUUAGAGGCAAAUAACCCAGAUAGAGCAUAACAAGAUUAAAAACAUCAAUUGGUCGGAGGCAACCAGUUGACUAUUUACAAGCUUUGAACUCCGGACAACGGAGAACAAAUCCAGCAAGGGGCCAGAGAGGAACUCGAAUCCGGCAUCCCCGGAUUGCGAGUCCGACGCGCGCGCUGCCCACUCGGCCACGCUGCUGCUUCAUGAAAUGUCGAAUCUUAUUCUGUUGCGCGUGGCAACCCUUGCACGCUCAUAUUUUUAAAGGACAUCUACUUCAUAGAAGAGAUUGACUUGAAGAUUUAAUGAUCACCUUCUCUAAAAGACAAAAAACUGGUUUUCAACGUUUUUCAUCAAAAUUUUUAAGCCUGCGUUGAUAACGCAACGCUUAUCAUGGCCUACAAGCCGUCUCGUUUAGUUGCUGGCAGCUAUCCCACUCUUGAGUCUGCUUGGAAGCUAAUUUUGCUUUGGUUUUGUCAUAAUAUGCUAUUUAAAGUAGAAUGGUAGUGUCUCACCGAUGGAAAAUCUUUAGGUUCUUCAGGCGUUUGUUACUUUUUGGCGUGAAGCAAAGGUAGUUGGUGUCGUUUGCACACAGAUUAUAUUUUGCUUGCCUUAAUCAAUUUAUCUUUGUUUUCCUUUCAGUGAUCAUAGAUGCCAACCGAGAUCUGAUUGAAAAGAAAUGGGUAUGAAACGAAAAAUUCUGUUAUCGACCGUCGUUUUGGCGGUUGUGAUACUCUUCACAGAAGUGUUUGUUUUGAACGAUUACCUUCCUUCAAUUAAAAAGCAUCAUAAGAGACCGGCUCGACUGUCUAAGACUGAGGAACUAAUUCAUUUUAAGCCUGACUCGCGCACUCGGACAAGAAACAAGCCGGUUUCAAGAAAGAAAAAUGCAACAGUGCUGAAUGGACCGAACGGGUUGAAAACCGAAAGUGUUACUCAGAACCAGAAUGAGGUUAACAUCAUACCGAAUCGGCUUUCUGGUAAAGUGAACGGGAUCGACAAUAGAAUAAUACGGACGAAACUUCAGGUUAAACCAGGAGGUGUAAAGACAGGUAAGCGAGUAUUAAUUUACACGCCGUUGUUUACAGAUAAGCCGUGGCAGGGCAUCAAUAAUACAUACGGAUUCACUCAUUAUAGAGGGGCGCCCUGUCCAGUAACUAACUGCUUGCUUACAUAUAGACACCGUUUGUUUCCCCGUAGCGAUGUUGUUAUUUUUCACGGCCAGGACAUGCCAGAUACGUUCGAGUUGGAAAAACUAAACAGCCGCCGCCCUAAAGGACAAAUUUGGAUCUAUUUUGUCCUGGAAAGUCCCUCUAAUGCAAGGGAUACCUACUUUUUUCGAGACAUGUUUAACUGGACAAUGACUUACGAGAGGAACGCAGAUAUCUUCCUACCCUACGGUUCGUAUGUUACCCUCAAACCAGGUGAAAAAUCUUCUUACGGGCAAAUUAACCCAGAUAACAAGGACCGUCUUGUGGUUUGGACAGUAAGUAAUUGUGGUGGAUUGCGCGACUGGUUUGUCCGAGAACUGAAGAAUCACAUUCGUGUUGAUAUUUUUGGUUCUUGCGCUGAUAGCGUGUAUCAGCCGCAUUUGCAAGACGAGGAAUGUGAAAAAGACUCUCCGGAAUGUGAAAAUCUCCUAAAGCGCUACAAGUUUCAGUUGGCAUUUGAGAAUGGUAAUUGCGUCGAUUAUGUUACUGAAAAAUACUGGGGGGGACCCUUAGAACUGGGGAUUGUCCCUGUGGUUUUAGGAGGCGCAAAUUACUCGGAGAUGGCCAUUCCAGGAUCAUAUAUCAACGUUUUCGACUUCGAUUCCAUAAAGACGUUAGCCGACUAUCUUCUUUAUCUUGAUAAAAACGACACUGCUUAUAUGGAGUAUUUUGCUUGGCGGAAGCUGUACAAGGUCGACGGAUACCUAAACGGGGCUACUUUUAACAAACACUAUCCUUGGACGUGCGAUAUAUGCGCAAAAGCUCAGAAUCCAAAGCGUAAGAGUUACAAGAGGAUAAGUGAUUUCAGAGACCCUUCAACGCACUGUGGAUUACACGAAGACAAAUUAUAUGAGUUGAUGAGUCCUGGCGGUGACAAUGACUUCAGAUCCAUCGAAAACCGCAAUUAUAGCGCUGCCACUGCGGAUAUCUCUCGGGAAGAUAGUCAAGAAGAUGACGAAGAAGAAAAAGAAGGCGAUGAAGAAGACAGCGCUUCGAAUAAGGAGGAGAAUGCAGAAGAAAAUUCAGAUAAGAUAAAAGAACAUAAAGAAGGGAACGAGGAAAGUAACACAGUUAUUAAACAAAGAAAAAAGUGAAAUUGAAGUUAAUGCAUUGAGAAAAAGGCUAAAAGAGCGGAUGAAACGAAAACAGAGAGAAAGAAAGAUGCAGUUAUCAAAUAGUUUAGUUUACUUCAUUUAUUCUUCAGUUUCCUGAAAUACUGAAUUUUCAAUGAUGACAUCCCUUUCCCACCUUACGCAUGCUAGAAGGUCCUCUUCCACGUUUUCCUUCCCUUCGGAGAAGUUACAGGAAACUACAUGGGAUUAUAAUACGGACUAAAGGUGGUCGGCUUCAUCUUGUAAUGAUCGCCAUCUCAUUCGCGGUGGCUAGUGCUAUACAUGCAUUUUAAACUGUAUUAUUGUAUUUUUUAUUUUUCUGUACGUCUUUGUUCGUGUUUAUUAUUUCUUUUAGUGUUAACUUGAGAGAGCAAAGAGGGGGAGCGUUUAGAAAAGUUAAUUUGCUGUUUAGGAAGGGUUCAUUUCAUCAUAUUCUAGAAUACUGACACACUGCAGAAAGAUUGUUUAAAAUCCCCAGCGUAAAGAUUUUUGAACAACUAGAAUGCUUCACACAUUUUUAUUUCUUAGCCAGAGGUGGACAUAUUACGUCUCACUAAAUUCCCAUAAAAUCCCAUAUAUAUUUACGGAAAACGUAUAGAUAGUAGGGAAAGCGGAUCGAGAAAAAUUGCACAAAAACCGCUUGGGGACUGGAGAGAGGCGGUGUGUCCCCCUUCUCUGUUUCCCGCCGUUUCGCCAUUUCACUGCUCACUCUCUUUUUUUGCUCGUGUUUAGUGACCGAGAGCUUGGCACAGGCUACGAAAAACAGAGUUAUUUGAAUUAUUGAAAGCACCCCUGUACCAAUAGAGCUUCGUACCGGAACGAACGCACAGAACGAAUGCAAUUAAAGGUUUCGAGGAGCUUGGUGACAGCAAAGCCCUCCUGACUAAGUCCUCCUCUGCCAUGCCCGCCUCUAGAUGUGACGCUGGUUCCAAGGGUCCUUUUUUGUCUCUCUGUCCUUACGUAGACAGCGAAAAGAAGGACCUGGAAAUGAACAUUUUUUUUGUACAAAGCUAUUCUCGUCCCCAGAGCCUCCUGGGGGCCUGAGUAUUAGGUCCAGGAGGCUCAGGGGACGAGAAUGGUACAAAGCGCGCUCCUUUCACGGAAGAGAGACGGGACAGGAACCUGAUGAAGUCCCUGGGCGGUUGUUGUUGUUGUUGUUGUUUUUGUUUUUAUCCAAGUGAAGCCUCG